CUUGUCUCCUCCCCCCCUACAGCAGCCCCUCCUCCUCCCGCCGCCAGACGCCCAGGCAGCGUCCAUACGGAACAUCCUGCUUACCGGAGAGGGGGAGGAGACACAGCAGAGUCCCGCUAGUAAAUCAGGAAGGAGGACAAGAAGAAGAAGAAGAAGAAGAGGAUCUUCUCCGUGGAAGUGGGGAGCUUUCCAAACCCGCCGGAUGGUCGCCGGAUCUCUUUGAAGUUUUGGGAGCCGGUACCGACGCGAAGCAGACGCGGCAGAAUACUCCCCCCCACCCCCGGACCCCGCAGCAGCAGCACCGGGACUGGCGGCUGUGGCACCCCCACCGAGCAUGAGGCUACCCGGGCUGUUGGCGCUGCUGGCCGCGCUGCUCGUUCACGUCGCCGCGGAACACACCUGGUCGCCUGUCGAUGACGAGGGAUCGGCACCUGACGACUUCUACGACGACGAGGACCUCUACUCCGGAUCUGGCUCUGGAUUUCCCCAGACCAGAGUGAGGCCCACGCCAGGGGGCGUGUCCUUCACCACCGAGGAGCCCGCCCCCCUCUCCACCACCCAGGCCACGAGCCCCGCCCCCUCCGCCGCACCUGCCGUCGAGCCCAGCCCGGACCCGGAACCCACCGACGCCACUCCCGCCGCCACCACAACCUCCGCCGUCGCCGCCACAAGCUCGGCCGUCGCCGCCACGUCCGCCGGCGUCAUCCUGCCCACCGAGGCCGACGGUGAGAGCGGUGCAUUCUGGGAGAAGGAGCUGGAGUCGGAGAAGGAGCGGGAGAGGCAGGCGGAGCGCGAGCGGGAGCGGGAACGCGAGCGGGAGCGGGUUCGGGAGAUGGAGCGAGAACGGGAGAGGGAGCGGGAGAGAGAGCGGGAGCGCGAGAGGCAACGAGAGCGGGAGCGAGAGAGGGAGCUGGAGCGAAUACGAGCCGUCGCCGCCGCCACCGCCCAGACUACUGCGCCCCCCAGGUCCUCGGCUGCGGUGACCCCCGUCCCAGGGGGGAGUACGGCGCCCUCCGCUGGCCCGGAUGACCUGAGCACCGCCGAAGAAGAUGAAGACGUCAACAUGUCGCCUGAACCUACUGGUGUGGAAGUGACCACGCAGGAGGACACGCCCAUCGCCACUGCUGAGCCCACCCCUGAACCCACCACCGCCCAGCCCACCACCACCACCACCACCACCACCACCACCCUCGCCACCACCAAGACCAGGUUCCCCUUCAGGCCCCGGGUUCCUAUGACGACCACCACUCAGAAGGCGCCCACGGAGAGAAGCACCCGCCCACCACCACAACCCACCACGACAAAGGCCCGUUCGGACGACGGCAACAACGAGCUGGCCGGCGUGGGCCCCAGCGGGGACUUCGAGAUCCGUGAGGACCAGCGUAACGACCUGGACCGAGGCCUGGCGCCGGAGGACCCGGACCUGGCGGGCAACACGGUGGACGUGGGGAGCUCGGCCGCCCAGCUGCCGCAGAAGAACAUCCUGGAGAGGAAGGAAGUCUUGAUAGCGGUGAUCGUGGGCGGCGUGGUGGGCGCUCUGUUUGCCGCCUUCCUGGUGAUGCUGCUGGUGUACCGCAUGAAGAAGAAGGACGAGGGCAGCUACACGCUGGAGGAGCCCAAGCAGGCCACCGUCACGUACCAGAAGCCCGACAAGCAGGAGGAGUUCUACGCGUAGCAGGCGCCACACCCUCUUCGUCUUCUUCGCUUACCGCCUCUCCUCGCCCCCCCCGGCGCCUUUCUGCGCACCUCUUUUUCAAUCAAACCGGAAAAAGGGACAAAAAAAAAAAACAACCACAAAAAAAUGUUAUGAAUAUUCUCUUGUUCUGUACGUGACAUAUGAUUAUUUUGUAAGAAAAGAACUUAAAAACACGUGGAGAAAAAAAAAAAAAAAAAAGUGACCUGUUUUUACGCAGCCAAAAGUAAGAGAGGCGGGGGCAGAGAGGCGGGGCAUGAUCCUCGCCAAAAACUCGCACAGAGCUGGAGGUCAAAGUUCAGAGGAAAGGUGCCUUCUGUCCCUCUGCGCACACACACACGCACACACACACGCACACACACACACACACAGGUGGCCGUGACCUCUCGCUCUGUGCUCGGGCCGAGCGGGAGACGGUCGCCGCGGCAACAGACGAGGCCCCGCCUGGCUGCCGCGCUAAUAAUCCAUGAUAUAUCGGUGUUUUGGAUCCUAACGGUGAUAAUAAUACUUCAAUAAAGCAGGAUGUGUAUUUAGCUGUUCAACAAAAGUCUAUAUAUGUAAAUAUAUGCCUGUUCUUUUUCUGCCGUCACCAAUCGUCCGCAUGACGUUAUCGUUUGUAUUUAUCGCUCAUCACUUUAGAGGAGCUGCGCUCUCGUCACACACACACACACACACACACACACACACACACACACACACACACACACACACACACACAGCAAUACCGUCCAUCACGUCGCAUAUAGGUUCCCUUUCAUUCCACACUCCCAAGUUUUGCAUGACUUUUGUUUUCCCCCCUUUAUUUGGAUGAAGGGGGCGGGGCUUCUACGAUUGUAAAGAAAAUAAGGCGCCAGUAGUAGCGUCUCUCCUGGUACUCGGUGCUGUGGAACCACAAAAAAAACGUGCAUGGGGGGUCUAAACUAUACUAGUCUGCGUGUGUGUGCGUGCGUGUGUGUGUGUGUGUGUGUGUGUGUGUGUGUGUGUGUGUCCGGUGGUUGAGUGUGUGUUACCGCCUCCAGCACGCUCUUCCACAGACAGCCAUUCCCCAUGUGUGUGUGUGUGUGUGUCACCUGUAUUUCACUAGUGUGCACUAGUGUGUGUUUGGUUGCUCACAGUUGAAUGUCACACACACACACACACACACACACACACACACACACACACAUGUCUUGCCUACUUGGUGUGGACCCAUGUUUGGUUAGUAGGUUGUGAGGGCCCCCCUUUCCACUAUAGCUAGAAUGAUGAAAAAAUAUAUAUAUCUAGCACUAGAUGGGAGUAGAGAGUUGCAACCUCACUUCAGAAUGCAAAACACACAAAGUAAAAACAAUUUUUUUUUACUUCUGUAGUUGUGAGGACCAGGCAAAUGUCCUCACAAGUCAAAAGGUCCUCACAGAAAGGGUGGUUUGUCAAGUGUAUGUCCACACAAGGGUGGUGAGACGAGUGCACACACACACACACACACACACACACACAGGUUAUCAUUUGGCCAAAGCUUAAAAAUCACUUAGGCAUUUUCAGAAUGGAUCUGACUAUCAUUUAAAAAGGUUUCCCUUUAGGGGACCUGCUCUUUUGUCCCCAUACCGUCAGAGGUCCCCUAAAGGUGACUGUGUAAACCAGGGGUGUCCAAACUUUUUCCACUGAUAAAUCAAAGCGAGCGGGGGCCAUUUUGAUAUUUUUUAUUUUAAAAACCAAUAGAAUAUAUGUAUAAAAAAAUAUACAUUUAGGCCUCCACUCAGACUUGAUCCCGGUGAACCCAAAUGGUUUUGGUCAAAAAAAAUAUUACAAAUGUGUCAUUAUUUAGUAUUAUUAUUAUUAUUAUUAUUAUUAUUAUUCAAGGUUUAAAUCUCUAGAUCAACAUUAGGUCUAUCUGUCAAUAUAACGCUUUUAAAGAUUUAAGUUGUAUGCCAUUUUUGUCAAGGAAAACCGUGUUUUUUUUAAUGGAAAAAAACACAAAAUAUGCAAUAUUUUCCCCCAAUAAAAUGAUAUAAUAAUUGGAGUCUUAAAAAGGUCAAUAACUCAUAAAAACAUUGAUUUUAAUUCAUUAUUUUUUGAGCAAUGACACUUAAAAAAAAAAAAAAAAAGUCCCACUAAAAUUAUUGGGGAUCAAAAAGGGUCCUGCUCAGUAAAGUUUUUUAAAAAAAAUCCAUUUUUUAAAAACUUUUACCACAAUAGUCUCAAGAUCUACUUCAGAUCUAUCCGUCAAUUAUAAGUUCUAUUGUUGUUUAUGUUUUUUGUUUGUUCGUUUUAGGCCCUUCUUUAAAAAAAACUUUGUUUUUUAAAUGGCAACCAAAAAAUAUGCAACAUUUUCCCAACCAAAAUAUCUCAAAGUGGAAUAUUUAAUGUGAAGUAAAUGGAGCCUUGAAUAGGUCAAUAAUUCAUAAUGACAUUGAUUUUGAUUCAUUAUUAUUUUUUAAAGAAAGAAACCGCCUGCAUGGCAGCUUUGUGUUGUUAGAGUAAAUAAUGCAACAUUUCCGUGUUACAUUUCACCUGAUUGCUCUUUUUUACCACUUUUUAUGGUUUUUUGUUUUUUUUUCAUCGUAUUUUUAGAAUGUGCCGUGGGGCCGUUAAAAAAUGACCUGCGGGCCGCAAAUGGGCCCCGGGCCGCACUUUGAACACCCCUGGUGUAAACAGAGCAAUGUCCCCAUUAAGUAGGCAUUACCAGAACACACACACACGCUUCCAUACAGGCAGGAAUGACAUGAACACAUGUUGUCUUUUUUUAAAGUGACUGUCUGGAGUGUAUAUGUACAAGAAAGUGUAGCCAAAAUAAGUGUGUGUGUGUGUGUGUGUGUGUGUGUGUGUGUGUCCGGUGGUUGAGUGUGUGUUACCGCCUACAGACAGCUAUUCCCCAUGUGUGUGUGUGUGUGUGUCACCUGUAUUUCACUAGUGUGCACUAGUGUGUGUUUGGUUGCUCACAUUUGAAUGUCACACACACACACACACACACACACACACACACGCGCUUCCACACAGGCAGGAAUGACAUGAACACAUGUCUUUUUUUAAAGUGACUGUCUGGAGUGUAAAUGUACAAGAAAGUGUAGCCAAAAUAAGUGUGUGUGUGUGUGUGUGUGUGUUCUGGUAAUGCUUACUUAAUGGGGACAUGGCUCUGUUUACACAGUCACCUUUAGGGGACCUCUGACGGUAUGGGGACAAAAAAACAAGUUCCCUAAAGGGAAACCUUUUUAAAUGAUAGUCAGAUCCAUUCUGAAGAUUUAAUUUGUGUGAAUUAUGCAAAAUUAUUUAAAUUUGGUCCCUGUAGAAAGGGUGGUCCCCACAAGUGAUGAUCAAAAACUUGGUUCCCAUUCCAAAUGAUAACCAGUGUGUGUGUGUGUGUGUGUGUGUGUGUGUGUGUUACCGCCUACAGACAGCUAUUACCCGUGUGUGUGUGUGUGUGCGUGUGUGUCACCUGUAUUUCACUAGUGUGCACUAGUGUGUGUUUGGUUGCUCACAGUUGAAUGUCACACACACACACACACACACACACACACACACGCUUCCACACAGGCAGGAAUGAAAUAAACACAUGUCUUUUUUUAAAGUGACUGUCUGGAGUGUAAAUGUGCAAGAAAGUGUAGCCAAAAUAAGUGUGUGUGUGUGUGUGUGUGUGUGUGUGUGUGUGUGUGUGUGUGUGUGUGUGUGUAUCACACAACUUGUAUGUUUGCUGUUCUCAUUCCUGUUUUUUAUACAUUUGCAUUUUUUUAAGGCUGAGUUUUCUGUCAUUGGCUACGUGAGUGCGAGGGGGCGGAUCCUCCACGUCACCUGUCACUAAUCUGCCGCCGUUCCAAAUAAAAAAAAUUUAAAAAUAGAC